AUGGGUAUCCUGGCGUUCGAAGUGGCGUCUACCAUGCUGCGCGCUCUGGAGCUCUGGGGGCAGCUGGAACCCGCACACAUGGACCACCUGCGGAAGGUGCUGCAGUCGGAUGGAGUGACCAAGAUGAUCCCAGGGGAUGACAAGCGCCACUGGAGGCUCGCAGGCCUGGAAUACUUGCGGGAGCUGCAGGUGCUGUCGUCUCUGGUGUGUGUGCUGUCCCGGCGCUGCAAGGACCCUCGCAUGCACCGCCUGAAGCAGCGCUUAGCGGAGCUGGAGGCUCAAGAGGAGGCGCACACGCGGGAGAGAGGGGCGCGGGAGGACGCGGAGAGGGGGGAGAGCGAGAGAGAGAGUGGGGAGAGAGAGGGGGAUGCGAGGGAGGGGGGUGUGAGGGAGGAUGGGAUUGGGCGGGUGCAGGGACAGCAGGGGGAAGGGGGGGGGCAAGGGGGAUGGGAGGGGAAGGGGAAUGUCAAUGGCAGCAGCGGCGCGGGGGGUGGUGGGGGCGGUGGUGGGGGCGGUGGUGGGGGUGAUGCGAGUGAGGAGGAGAACUGGUUUCUGUACUCGCCCAAGGAAGAGGCGUUCCUGCGCAAGUUUCUGGAGAAGAAAGUAGCAGCCACCAAUCGCCUGCAUGUGGAGAUGACGCUCCUCAAUAACCUCAUGCCCAGCUCGUCCCACUCGCUGCGCAUGGCGCGCUUCACCAAGGACGCGCCCUCCUGGGCCACCACUGCCAUGGCCGCCAGUCCCUUUGUGCGCGAGAAGAUUCAGUCGCAGCUGAAGCUCAUUCGGCGGCUGCAGAAGGAAUCUCUGUGGGUAGAGGACUUUGAUAAGUGCAUGAUGCUGCUAGCAGCAGCAGUGGCGAUUCUCUCCUACAAGGUGCGCUCCACGUUCAAGUGGCAGAGGGGAGGCGGAGGCGGCAGCAGUGGCACAAGGGGGCCCGCAGCAGAGGACGAGCGGGAGGGCGUGGCGGGGACAGUGGGCGAGGCAGGGCUGUCGAUCCGCUACGCCCACACGCUGCAGAUUCUGGACCGCGUUUUGAACAAGCCCACGCUGCUGCUGCGAGCACAGAGGGACGACCUAUACCGCCAUCUUCCCUCCACAGUGAAGCACAAGGUGCGGCGGCGGCUGAGCAAUCGCAGCCGUCCGUUCGACGUGGAGGUAGCGGCUGAGAUGCGGCGCAGCACGGAGCAGAUGCUGGCGUGGGUGCUGCCCAUGGCGCAGCGCACGCUGGCAUGGCAGGCCGAGCACUCGUAUGGCUGUCAUUUGAGCAAACGCCAGCGCUCCCUGCACAUUCAGACCCUCCACUACGUGGACAGGGAGUGCUUCGAGCUACUGCUAGUGGAGAUGCUCGUGAGCCUCAGCUACUUCUGCCGCCCGGCGGGUCUGACCAACAUAAAGCCGGACGAGGAGGCAGCAUGGAAGAUGUGGCAGAGCUCAGGAGGGCUCAUCCAGCCUUCUUUUGUGAACCCGCACCGAGGAGCGGCGGGGGGUGGAGGAGCAGGGGACGGGAGGGAUGAAGCAGCGGAUGCUGCUGCUGCGCCUGCUGCGGAUGCACCUGCUGCAGCUGCACCUACUGCUGCUGGUCCCAGUUCUGGUGCUGCUGCUGCGGGCUCUGCUGCUGGUUCUGCUUCUGCUUCUGCUUCUCCCGUAUCAGCACCCAGCGCUGGUCAAGAACCAGGAUCCUCGGAUGCGAAUGCGAAUGCGAGUGGCCAGGCUGCAACACCCUCUGCUGCAGGUCUCUUCCCCUCUGCCUCUGCAGCACGUUGCAUUGACUCGGAGAGUCAGCCCCAAUGCCAAUCCGAGCCCGCGGCUCCUGCCCCAUGCGCGGCUGCUCCUGCCGUUCCUACUCCUGCCGUUGCCUCGGCUACUCCUACUGCUGCUGCAGCAGAGAAGGGCGAAUGUGACUCCGCCACUGCCACCCCUCCUCGGCCAAUCCCUCCUGCUUUCCGCUCCAGCAGCAGCAGCACCACCACUACCAGCAGUAGCAGCAGCAACCACUCCAACACACCCGUCCCUCCCAUUCCUCCUUCUAGCAACCCACCCACUGACAGCACUUCCCCUGCCACAACACUAUCAGGAGCCAACGAUGAGGCGUGCAGGGAGGAGGAGGGAGGGGUGUGUGGUGGCGGUGAGUGUGUCUCCUCCGGUUCUGUCAAGAGCGUGUGUGCGAGACACCAGGCAUCACUCGUGCCUGGUCAGAUCGCUAGCUGUGUGGGAGGGAGCUAG